GCUUUGCUGCAGAAUGAUUUGAAAGCCUUUCAUGAAAAAAUAUUUACUCUGCACCAGAUAAUGAGAUAUUCUGUCAAAGGUGAAAGGUUGCAAACUCUAAACACGUUGCACAGUGGUGAGAGAAAAUGCGCUAUUAAUGCGCUGUCAAUUUGUAGAUUUGUGGUGUCAGUUUGGUUCACAAGAGAGAUCGAAUUAUGAUACAGCUGUGCCGACAUUUUGGAAGUCAUCUAGAAUGCCAGACUGUUGCGUGCCAAGUUCGGAAGCACGUCCGAGAUGGGCACAGAAAGUAUGAUCGGAGUGGCGCCCGAGCCCUGUUUGUUCGUCUGCUUUCGAAGGAGAGAGACCAUGAAAAAAGUGAGAAACAACAGGAACAAGGACUGGAGGACGAAGAGCAGAAGGGAGGCCACGAGUUAGAAUCUCCGCCUUCCCCUUCACCAGGAAAACCAGCUGCAGGGUCAGAGGAACUCGGUAAGCAGCCCAUGACCGAGUCCAUGACCAUGGGCCGCCGCUUGCGUGGGCGCCCCCUAUCCCCCUUUCAACGCGUUACCGGUUUUAUGCCUCCAGACUUCUGGAAAAGCAAAGCGGCCGACUUGGGUGCAUUUGAGAUGGAAUCCACUCAAAAGCCUAACUCUGAGACUGAAUCAGCUGCAGAAACAUUAAAAGAACAAAACAAUAGAAUUAAUCAAGGUCAUAAGACUAGUAAUGAGACUGAAGGCAGUCAAGUCCUUGAAGAUCAUCAUAUGGAUAAGGAGAGGGAUGAUUUAAGGACGAAAGACUUAAGCUCAACAGGAAUAUCAAACUUGUUUCCAUUUGACUUGAAUUUUAAUCUACCAAAUUUUAAAGUGUUCAAAUCGCCAUUGAAGCAAUUGCCUCUGAAGGUAGGAGAACCAAUCAUGGCCGAACUGAAGGAACAGAAAGAAGUCCAGCACUUUCGUAAGAUGUGGAUUCUGGAUGAGAGAAGGAAGGUCAACAGCAAGUAUGGGAUGGUUUUGUUUGAGGACAUCAUCGGGAAGAAUCCAGGAGACACCUACGUCACCUCAACUGGGACAGAGAUGAUCAUUCGCCGACCAAGUUUAGAGGAGUUCACACUCUACAUGAAGAAGAUCGCUGCUAUCCCGCAUCCAAAGAACAACAACACAGCCCUGUGCCUGCUGGACGUGUCACCAGGAGACUGGGUACUGGAGUGUGGGACUGGGUCUGGUGCCAUGACACUCUUCCUGUCCAGGGCAGUGGGAGUCACUGGCAGGGUCAUCUCCUUCGAGAUUAAGCAGGAUCACCUGAACAGAGCUAAACGCAACUACAGGCUCUGGAUAGACUCCUGGAAGCUGAGUCAUGAGACAGACUGGCCUGACAAUGUCACCUUCCAUCAUGCAGAUGUGAUCAAUGCCACGGACAAGGUCAGGCACCAGCUGGAUGGGGCAUUUCUAGACAUGUUGACUCCUAACAUAGGGUUGCGUGCAGUCCUGCCUCUCAUCAAGCCUGGCAAAGUGAUUGCAUGCCACAUCGUCAACAUGACACAAGUGGUAGAUCUGGUUGCCAGCAUUUUGAAGCAUCAACUGCCAGUGGUAGUGGAGCAGGUGUUAGAGGUGGAACACAAGAACUGGCUGGUCACACCUGCACAACAUUAUACAGGCAGGCUCAUCAACAAGCCUGGCAGCCCUUCACAUGGGGAGGUCAGCAGCGAUGAGGAACAAGGGUCUUCAUCAGAAGAGGAGGGGAAUGGAGGACAGAUAACAGAAGACACAGCUUUCCUGGCCAGACCUGCCAUCAAGCAGGAUUCCCAUACAGGGUUUUUGAUGAAACUGAGGGUCUACUCUGACACAAAACAUGCAAGAUGCACCACGUAACAUUACUGAUAGUUGCAAGGUCAUGAAUAGACUGAGUUGUGAGAAACCAGAGCCUACAAUGUACUCUUCUCUCAUAUUGACUAUACACAGAC